GCAACACCUCUCAACUUACACAAACCUCAUCUGAAGAUUAUUCAUCCUUCACCUCUCUACUUUUUCUCUUCAGAAAGUAUAAUAUCCGAAUUGAACCCCACGAGACUCUAAGCAGAAAGUCAACGUCAUAAUGCCCUCUCAAGACUUCACCAUCACCUCCGCCGGCGCCCUAUCUGCCCUAACUUCCCUCGGUGGCAUAAUUGGCUACGCGCGAACUGGCUCCAUCCCCUCAAUCGCAGCCGGUCUCUCAGUCGGCGCACUCUACCUAUUGAGCUUGGUACGACUACGAAACAAUCAGCCCUACGCUGAAGAGAUUGGAUUGCUCGCUUCGACUGUUCUCGCCGGUUCCUCUGUGCCCCGCGCGCUUCGAUUGCGCAAACCUGUUCCUAUUGCGCUCAGCGUCGUUGCGACGUAUGGAUUGAUUGUUUUUGGAUUGGCGUUUCGAGAUAAGAGGGCUACUCGUCUUUAGGGGUGUGCGAAUAUUGCGAUGAUAUGAGGCUAUCCGUGUAUGAGGUUCUUGUCUCGUUGGUGAACUAUAGUAUCAAUCCGUUCAAUUCCGUCUUCAUUUUGCUCUGUAUCGGCAUUGCCGGUGUGAUGGCGCUGGGUCUCGAGCCUUGCAUUGUUCUCGGCCCUAGGAGAAAGAUAAUGCCGUAAUAUAGAUCUUCUUGAUCCAAAAUGCCAAAGUAGUUUGCACUGCAAAGGCCGGAGAAAGACAGGUGGAGUUGUUGACUCGGAUAUAUUGGGCUGAAAUUAGAUUUGUAGGGCUAGACCUGUUUGUCAGAGGAUAAACUCACUCCUACGGAGUCCUACGGGAUGAUAACGAUGAUCACUUCAUGAACCUAC